AUGGGAAGCAACGAUUGGAUGGUUCCAAUUGAAUUCAUGGUGGGUUCUUUAGAUCAAGGAGAGGUUCAGGCAUGCAGCAUAUGUCGAAUACCAGAUGAGCUUCGAGAACCGAAAAGGGAAGCAUACGUUCCGAAACUCGUUUCCGUGGGGCCAUUGCAUAGGGGAGCAACCAGGCAACUGGUCCUCAUGGAAGAACCCAAAUGGCGUUACCUCAAAGAAUUUCUUGAACGCAAAGGAAGCUCCCAAGAAAGCGUUUCUUUAGGUUCAAGACUAAGAUUCUGUGGCAGCGACAUUCUCAAUUUGGAAUCAGUCAUUUGUGCAUGCUACGGUGGAGACUUGGAACUCGGAGCCCACGAGAUAUCCAAGAUAAUGAUGGUGGAUGGAUGCUUCCUUUUGGAGUUUCUCCUCCGCCUCGACGAUUACUUGAAUUUGCGGCCGGAGGAGAGGGAUAGAAAGUAUUCAGAGGAUCCAUUCUUGGCGACAGAAAAGAAGGUGGUUUCUGUACUGAACGAUAUCGCAAUGAUGGAGAAUCAAAUCCCGUUCGUGGUUCUCAAGAAGCUAUACAGAAAGGUGUACCGCGAUGGCAGCGAAAUAAAAGGUGAUCAUCGAGUAGCGAAUUUAGUUCGCAGAACCUUCGGUUAUCCACCGCACAACGACUCCGGCACGGCGCAUAUACUUCACUUGAUGCACUCUUCCACCGUUGAACAGGGCCGUCAAAUCCAAAAGGGAGUAAGACCAGCAUGCAAAGAGCUAAAAAGAUGCGCUACGAGGCUUCUAGCUGCCGGAAUAUCAAUUAUUCCAGCCGGUAGAAGAAACGGCAAUACAGGUAACGGUAAUAAAUUUGUUGACAUGUUUGACUUUGACAUAAAAUUCAAUAAAGAAGAGACGGUACUGGAGAUUCCGCCCUUGCAUAUUAAGGAAACUACGGAAGUGAGGUGGCGAAAUUUGAUUGCUUGGGAGCAGAGCAGGAUUUGGAUAAGAUGCAAGAACACUUCAUAUGCCUUGUUCUUCCGAGGUUUGAUUUGUUGUAAGCAUGACAUUAAAUGGCUCGAGAAAAAGGGAGUGAUAAUCAAUGAAUCAAAGAUGAGCAAGGAAGAAUUGUUGACAAUGUUUCGGACGAUUUAUAAGGGAGCUGAGCACAUGGAUUCGAGUUACAGUGAGAUGUGUGUAAGGCUAAACCAACACAAAGCGAAACAAGUCACACAAGUGUUCCAUGGAUUCGCCACAAUCACUUGGCACCAUUGUUGGCGAGUUUUGGAAGAUAUCAUGUUCUUUUCGCGAACUUUAUACCGUGUUUCGAUCCGUGACCACAUCCCUAACUUGUGGAAAUUCAUAGGAGUUGUGGCAGCUAUUGCGCUGCUUAUUCUCACCGUCAUGCAGACAUAUUAUUCAUCUCGCUCGAGUGGGUAG